CUUAACAAAUAAAUAGCAUUAAAAUGGCAAGCAACGUUUUACAAGGCUGCAGCUCCUCGGGAUCUCUUGAUGUUUGCGAAACUGAAGAUCUACUGGAAUAUUCCGGAUUACAACUCGAAGACAAUGGCAGCCUUAACAACACCACUGCAGGCAUAGAUAUCGCCUCAGCGGGAUUUUAUUUUGGUUUCUGUACCUUCGUUUCGCACGUCCUCCUCGCAGGUAUCACGGCGUUCGUGGUGCACAAAUGUGUGUCCUUGAAGAUGGUCCACACUGCGGGACAUGCCUUUUACUGCACCGUAGCUUUUGUAUUUUGUUUAGGGGAAGCGCUGCUGGUGCGGCACAGCAGGGUCCUCGAAUCUUACCUGGGUAUCUUCAACUUAGAUCUGUUGCACGGCGCCUUGGGUCUGCUCGCCUUUGUAGUCGGCGUCGGUGGUGUUGGCAUCAAAACAUGGCAGAAACUUGAACGCAAACGCGAGGAUCCAAAUGCCAACGUCAAGCACUUCCGUAGCAAUCACGGUUUCUCAGGUAUCAUUGGAUGCGCUCUGCUGCUGUGCACUGUUCUGAGUGGCUUGCCACUUUAUUUCAUCACAAGCAAAGCGCUUCAGCUGGUCCAUCGCUUUUGUGCUCUCAGCAGUUUCCUGUCUUUGAUGAUCUCCCAAAUGUACAGCUACAACACGGGUUUUGCCCGACGUCAAUGGAAAGCCCACCACGUGCGGUUAUUCAAGUUGUUUACGUUUAUUGCCACUGUCACCACUGUGAACUACGAGCUGAGACGAUUUUCUCGCGAAAUUGUAACGCUAUUGUGGAGGCAGAUAAGCGAGUAAACAAAAUUGACUCUCGUUCCCGAACCUCAUUCCACACUAUGAUAUAUUCAAACUGUUUUACAUUCAUAUUUAUGCUUUUAUUUGUUGAUUAAUAACGAUACAUUGAUAUAGUAUAUAUAA